CCUUGGACGGCGCACCUCUGUUCAUGCUAUUUUGGCUAGCGUUGCGUACGCGAUCUGCGCCUAUCACAUCGGAUACUCGACGCCUCCCCACGCUUCCUUAUCUCUCCAAAUCAAAACCUCAGCAUUCUGGACCAUUACCAUGAGCUUCCCCAGGUCAAAUCCUAGCAGAGUCUUGCUCCGCGGUUGAUAAGCGAAACCUAGAGAGAUACGGCAGCGUUACUGUGCAUACGUGUGGCUUUCUAUCCUCGAGACCAUAUCUACUGAACAGGUCGCAGCCAUGUUCGGGGCAUCCUUCACGCUACCUGACCGCAGCAUAGCCUUGAACCAUGCCUUCGGAUCUAGAGGCUGGGAACGAACGAACUCCACUUUUGCACAACCCUCGAUUAUCUCAACGACAGCAUGAGCAACAUCUAGAGACAGCCUCUGCAAUAUCCUCGACUCUGUCUAAAGAGGAACAGCAACUGGUCGACAGCACAGUCGGCGAGCGCCUGCCGUACAACGACUACACCACAAUUGACUGGCUCCAUGAUCUUGUCCAAGAUUCAUAUCGCUUCCGCCACAUCAACUCCCUCCCUGGACUGCGCUACAAGUUUCUCUCGCUUUUUGAUGCGUACUCAGGAUGGAUCGCUGUGGUCAUCAUUGGCGCUCUAACGGCUGGUGUUGCUUUUCUGGUCGACAUCGCUGUAGCUACGGUCGCGGAUUGGAAGAUGGGUUACUGCAGCACCAACGCCUGGAAGAGUCGGGAGAACUGUUGUCGGCAAAGCACAUUAGUUACUUCAACGUCAAGAAUCCGUCUGCUUACCGGAAGUGGUAGCGCUGAGUCCGAUUGCGAUGAGUGGCACGCCUGGUCGGACAACUACGCCAGGAGCUUUGCAAUCUACGUUGCACUGGCGCUCGUCUUUGGCACCAUCAGCUCGAGCGCAACGUUACUGACAAGGAGUCAGCUACCCUCCGCAGAAGAUUCCAGUGAGCGACCUUGCUCUCCACCGAUAGCGAAGCCAGACGGUUCUCACGUCCCGACCAGUGUACGAAUUCCUGCACCCUCACCGAACUCAGGAGGCGGAAAGGUCAUGUACAUGGCCGCUGGUAGCGGGAUACCCGAGAUCAAGACCAUCCUGAGCGGCUUCUCUAUUCCAUCGUUCCUGUCGCUUCGGGUCCUUAUCGUCAAAGCCUUUGGUGCGGUCUUCGCUGUGAGCACGGGAAUGUGUCUUGGAAAAGAAGGACCGUUCGUACACAUAUCAACGUGUCUUUCUUAUCUGGUGGGUAUGCGCUUCCCAAAAUACAAAGACAACGGGAGGAAGAUGCGCGAGCUGCUGAGUGCAGGGUGUUCUAGCGGCUUGAGUGUAGCCUUUGGCGCCCCGAUUGGAGGCGUCUUGUUCAGCUAUGAAGAGAUCAGCACCUACUUCCCGCGUAAAGUCUUGUGGCGGGCGUUUCUCUGCAGUCUGACUGCGGCCAUUGUUCUCAAACAACUCAACCCAACCGGCACAGGCAAGCUUGUCCUCUUCGAGACCAAGUACGGCACCGAGUACGAGUCGGUGCACUACCUCGUCUUCACACUGCUCGGUGUCGCGGGCGGCGUCUUCGGCGGUCUCUUCUGCAAGCUCAACUUCAUCUGGAGCCGGUACUUCCGGCGCAUACCCCUGAUCAAGGAGAAUCCGGUCUUCGAAGUCGGCAUCGUCGUGCUAGCAACCGCUCUUCUCCAGUUUCCCAACCCACUUACCCGCGAGCCGGGCGAUAUCAUCAUCAAAACCGUCCUCGUCGACUGCAAAGACUCCGCAUCCGCCCACUCCUUCAUCUGCAUCCACGAAUCGCACACAGCCACAACUAACUGGGCCUACGUAGGCUGGCUACUCCACGGCACCCUCACCAAACUCGUCCUCACAAUCAUCACAUUCGGCUGCAAAGUCCCCUCGGGCGUCAUCAUCCCCGCUCUCGACGCCGGCGCACUGUUUGGCCGCCUGGUAGGCUAUCUGUUACCGUACACGCCCAACGACGUCUCACCGGGUAUCUUCGCGCUCGUCGGCGCAGCAGCCUUCUUGGCGGGUGUGAGUCGCAUGACGAUCAGCCUCGCGGUCAUCAUGUUCGAGCUCACGGGCCAGCUGGAGUACGUAGUGCCGAGCAUGUUGGCCAUUCUCGUGGCGAAAUGGGUCGCGGACGCCAUCAGUGCGGAAGGCGUGUACGAUCUUGCGCAGACGGUGCUGGGACAUCCGUUCCUAGACCCUGACGUGGCGCUGCAGAGAGUGCGUAAGAAGGGGAUGAGGGUCGGCGUGUUGGUUCCGCCGAGGAAGACGAUGGAGGAUGUCACUGUCCACGUCCCGGCCGAAAACACAGUGUCCCGCUCGCUCUUGCGGCAGAAGUUGGACCGGCUACAGAAGCGCGGACUCAUCGACGCCGGCCUCGUCCUCGUACAAACCCACUCCCCCUCCACUGUCCCCGUCCUACAGGGCUACAUCUCCCAGUCCGAACUCACUUUCGGCCUCGAGAACCUCGCGCCCUCCAUACCAUCGUCUCACUCUCAGCAAGACUUCAAUGUCCGCCUGCUCGGCCACGCCGUAGACGAAGUACCGCCAGAUAGUGUCGAGGUCGAUCUGAGUCCGUUCGUGGACCGCACGCCGUUAACGAUUUGCAGCGAGGCGCCGCUGGAGUAUGCGGUGGAGAUGUUUGCAAAGCUCGGGUUGCGGUACUUGUGUGUUACUGAGGAGGGGACGGGAGCGCUGGUCGGGGUGGUGAUCAAGAAACGGUUGGUUGGCUUUGUUGAGGGGCUAAAGGAGGGAGUAGGUGGAUAAGAAGCUCAUCCUGGAGAGCUAUCUGGAGAGCUAUCGACAGUACAAACAACGAGCAUGGAGACAGACGGGAACAUCGAGUUACCCUAACAUGUACAUGAUGCGAUUCAUUGCUAUGAACAUACAUGACUAUCAAGUACUUACCCCAUCCUGCAAUACCAUGACCGGGAACAACAAGUUGGACGUUCUGCCGUAUGUCUGAAUGGGCCGCUGUAUGUUCGCCGAGCUGUCAAUGAGGAG